GUCACAUCCGGUUUCAGCACCACGGCUAGCUCCCUCCCGCAUUCUCGUGAUUUAGCUCGUGCACCCCUGUGCUUGUUUUGCGGAGCCAACUUUUGACUAAAGGCUGGUGGAGUUGUGAUUUGAGAAAGCUUAAUGGUUUUUCUUUCCAUGUUUCGCAUGCGAGGUGGCUGACAGAAGAAAGACAUAAGGAAGAGGAUCUUCAGCACAAGGCAUUGAGAUGCAUUGAACAUCAUGCAGUGACGGCUCCUCACCAGAUUUAUUAUUUACCCUUUAUUUUUGUGCUCAGCUCUGCAACGAAGAUUGCAAGACGACGCGUAAAAGAGGAGGAAGACAUUAGUGAAAAAGACAAUCUGCAUGUGAAAGUACUGGAUUUGGUGCUAUCGGAGGCAAGAGAUGCAGCCUACUAGCAAGCUUCUGAGUCUCACCCUCCUCGUCUUGAUGGGCACUGAACUCACCCAAGUAGGUUUAUAAACGCCAUUUUACUCCCUAUUUAAGAUACUCAAACCAUGAUUAGCGAAUUAUCCUACAGAGUACCUACUUAAAGAAGGUGUAGACCUAGAGAUUUAAAUAUUUUAUAAAAUCGAGACGAUAAAGGGAUUUCAUCCCCUUCGUAAAAUUUGAUAAGCGCUAAUGCGCAUCCGCGGAGGUGUUUCUAUAGCCACAUGUAUGAUAUCUAUUCCUGCUUGUCUAGAAUAAAAAUGUGACAAUCAAUUAAAUAGUCUAGGCUAUAUUUAAAUAUUUAAAUUGUUGUUUCACAUUCAAUUCAUCUAACUAAUUAUAUAUUCACUCCAAUUAUGUUUGAGAUAAUCAAAUUUCUUAUUUCUAAAUCGAAAUCAGCGAGCAAAACGACUGAAUGAAAGUUAAUCACAUGGCAUUAGCAGUGAUAGCCUACUGUAUCAACUAACAGCCCAUAUAGUUUCACCUGAACUGAGACUUUGGGUAAAUCUUGUUAAACUUUCAGCCCAUUGCGGAGUCCCUAUCCCAUUCAGGGGGUUCUUGGUGUGACUAUCCAAAUCCGCAUGUCUGAAUACUUAUUUUGGAGAAUUGAGAAGCGAUACUAAAGAUAGCGAGCAAAAUAUCUUCAAAUUAGUCAAUUAUUAAUUUCACAAUGACAUAAGUAGGCCACUUUUACAUACAUGGAGGAAUAACGCUGUUUUGAGAAUAUCUAUCAAACAUGCUGAUAAGAUGUGACUUCAGUUUCAUUAAGUCAGAAUUACAGGCCUAUUGGUCUAAUAUGGCAGAGGAAAGGCUAAAUAAGAAAGCUUAACAAGCAUUGCAUAAACAAGAUUCUACCGCAGGUUGUAGCAUGAAUAGCCUCAUCUCUUUACAUUGAUACUACAGGCAAACAGAAAUCAUUCAACACAGUAAUAAUAAACUGCUAUUUAAAAUGCGAAACAAUUAAAAAAUCAUCAGACUUUUUGUUAUGAUUAAUAGCUGUGAUUAAUAACUAGUAUUAAUUUGUAAUGCUGGUCUGUAUGAACAUGCUCUUCUUAAUAUCUCAAUUUUAUUUUCAAGGAAUUGUUUCUCUGUUCAGAGAUGCAUUGCACUCCACAGUGCCACAGCGCCUCCCCCUGGCAGCCACAAUGCCACCUACAUUUCCCAACUGUCUUGGGACACCAACAGGGUGUUCAAGCUUUUGUUGUAGCCCAGCACUACCACACUUGAUCACACGCUAAUCAACUGAUCAUCAAACUCUGGAUUCGUUGAAUCAGGCAUUUGGUGCUUUCAAAUAGUCAUGACAAAUUGACAUUCUUAUUUACAUUCCUGAAGCUGGUAUGGCAGGCUAUGGCACUAAGUCUAGGCUACACAGUAUCUGACAAGUGGGCGUGCAAUACCAUUUGUAACGACAAGGUGGCGGAAUGUCCCUAGAUAUCCCUGCACCUGGUUGGUUAAGCAAAACAGGACCAUGGACAGCGCUAGAGAUUCUGCCUGCAUGUGCCAUUAUUGCGCCACGGACAUUGUUCCUGCCUGAUGUUAAAUCUGAUGUCGUUUAAAAUCUCUACGAUUAAUCAGAUGUCCCUAGAUUACGAAUUGUCGUUUGCCUAUCUUUAUUGGAUGAAAUGAAACUUGAUUGUACCUUGUGGAGAGUUGUUGCUGAUGGGUUUCAAUGUGGUUGGACUAAUCCAGUUCUUCUCCCCAUCGAGAGUCAUCCAGCCACCGCUAUUAAGUAACCUACACAAUUAAGGCAUCCAGUCUGAGAAUGCUGUUUUCUUUAGGUUCGUUUGGCCUCAUUUUGUCUCCAUUGCUUUUGUGGGGUUUCAUGCUUAACUUGAUUAUAUCACACAUUGACUUCAAAGUCUGGAGUCAUGUUAUUUAGAUAUAGUUUUCCCUGGCAUGAAGAUAAUCUCUUGUAUUUGGUAUAGAAGGUGGAAAGGUGCAGAAUGCUGUCUCGUUGUGGCAAGCGCGAAAGCGUGGCACCAUGGAUUUUAGCUGAGGGUUUUUCUAUCCGUGCGCGGUGGGCGGGGGUAUCCAGCGAAUGGGAGAGGCGACUGAAUUCCGUCAUCUUAUAAACUCGAGAUUGAUUGCAGGAGAACGGCAUCACAUUUUAAAGCAACCGCAUUGACCCAUCAUCACAGUCGCUUUUGAAGAGAGCAGAACCUCCACCUGUCAUCCAAACAUGUUCAAACCCAGACUGUCCGCUGUUGCAGCCAUGCCGUUGCAUCAAAUGACUGGCAAUAUUAUUUGCCUACUUAGUUCUCCACUGGAAUGUGUAUUUUGAUAAUACGAAGAGAGCGCAGAUAUGUCGGUGCCUUUACUGAAGAUUGGAGUGGUGCUUAGCACGAUGGCUAUGAUCACUAACUGGAUGUCGCAGACGUUACCGUCCUUGGUGGGACUCAACACCACCAAUCUCUUGGUAGCUUCAGGAGGGAAAGCGGACCGGAGCAUCGGCGUGAGUGACAGCUGAUUCAGGAACCAUUAGAAUCAUGUACCCUACUGAGGAUAAAUUGCGGGCUUACAUUUGUGCCAAUAGUACGAAUAAAAAUAGUUUAAAAAAAGUUAUUAGUAUGCCUAUAAUUUAUCAUGUUGGUUGUUAAUUGAAAGAAAAAAAAACUGUUGUUGGUUGUGCAUCAAACGAGAGGAAAAUUGACUGUAGUGACUAUUGCCAAAACGAGUAGGCCUAUCCAUGAACAUAUUGUUGAAUAAACUGCUAAUAAUGAUGUUACUAUUCUUGUUAACCCUAGUGUAGGCCAUACAACAACUUUCACAUAUUCUUUGCUAUAUGGAUGAACUGAUAUAUUGGAGAAGAAGUGUGGCAAUGUGGUCCAAUGAUGGACAAUUAUAACAGUUCUAAGACUGUGACUAAUGUAUUUAAAUAUAAAGAGCAAAAUUAGGCUACAUUAUAUAGACUAACAGCAAAUGUGGCAUGUUAUAGACAUAAUGGAUCUUAGCAUAAUACACUGCAUGUCACUAAUUGCCAGAGUACAUCUAGAGCCAUAUUUCUAUUCAUAUCUAAAUUGCUCUGGGUUCAUGUAGUGGUAAAACUUAAACCAAUCGACAUUUAGACCAGCCUCAGUAUCUAAUUAUUACUCCGAAGGCUUGUUGCUAAAUAGGCUAUGACUGUUUUACUGAAUGACUCUACCCCAUGAUAUAUUGGAGGGUUGAAAAUGUAAGGUUAAAUUGACUUACAUGGCACAGAUUAAAUUCCUGUAGGCUAUGUUAAAACAUUACAAGUACUAGAUUAUGAAUUAAUAUUAUCACAAUCCAGCAAAGCUAUUUGAGUAGAUUUACAAAGAUGUUUCCCUCAAUUUGCCAGCCCCUUUGUCUUUAGAAUGUGGACAGUCUGUUUGAUUGUUGAAGAUUAGGGUGGAGCAUACUGCAAGGUUCAACACUACAGAUUGCAUUUUACGUAAUCAUACUCCAUCAUCUUGGAACAAGGUUAUGUAAAUCCCUGUGGUGAAAUGAUUCCGCUUCAAACUAGCACACAUUUUCGGCAGAGAUCGUGAUUUUUGUCCAAACCUCCCAAAAUGUAAUUACAUUGUUUUGUAAGCAAAUGCGUUUUAGAUAUGAGUGGUGAGUAGUGAUGUGGUGUGACUAGUAACGUGGUGUAUCUUAAACUACUGAGCUACGGUGAGCCUUGCCAAGCCAAGCUGGACUGUACUGGCCUGGUAAACCAUCCUCCACAGUUGGUGAAACGGUGCUGGAAAGGACAAUGUGAGAGCCAGUACAGUAUGGUAUGAAAAUGGAAAUACUGUCACAUCACAUUUAUUUAUUUUUAUUUAUUUUUGGUCAUUUAGCAGACGCUCUUAUCCAGAGCGACUUACAGGAGCAAUUAGGGUUAAGUGCCUUGCUCAAGGGCACAUCGACAGAUUUUUCACCUAGUCGGCUCAGGGAUUAGAACCAGCGACCUUUCGGUUACUGGCACAACGCUCUUAACCACUAAGCUACCUGCCGCCCCAUCCUUAACCACAUCUUUAUAUGAAUAAUCAUUUUCCAUUCAUCUCUGUCUCUCUCCCUGACUGGCCCCAUCCUUGUCUGUCUGUCUGUCUUAUCUUCUCUCUCCCUGUCUGUCUGUCUCUCUCGUAGGUGCUGCCAGCCAACCCUGAGGAGUCAUGGCAGGUGUACAGCUCAGCCCAGGACACGGAGGGCCGCUGUGUCUGCACCGUGGUGGCGCCUCAACAGACCAUGUGCUCGCGGGACGCCAGGACCAAGCAGCUCCGGCAGCUGCUAGAAAAAGUAAUCACCCCAUGUAGCAUGACGUAUUACAGUACCCAUUACCUCCUAUUAUCAGAGCUCCACUAGAACCAACACCAUUCACCAGUUGCACCAACACUACCAUUACAUCUUAUUUUCAGCAGUAAGAGCCUCUGGCCAGAGGACAAGAGUCACUCACAUGUAUGGUUCCUUGAGAAUAGCAGUUCAGUUCACCCUGCAGUAUUUUGACAAUAUUAAUUUCCCAUCAUCAUCAUUUGAUAUGAUCUGAAAUUGUCUUAUACAGUAGAUUUGUUUGGAAGCCAGGUGUUGCACACAUUUGGCACCUUGAUGGGGAAUAACCGGUAGUCAAUGUUAGCAUACUCUCAAUCCCUAUCACUGAUGUAGGUCUUUCUGAUUCGCUUGAUCUUCAAGUACACGUAACAGUAUAUUGCUCUUGAGCACUUGAAUCACUGUAAUGUCUGGCUAGCCACAUUAGAGAUUACAGUGACAGUUUUUGCAGUCAAUCAUCCACAGUACAGUGCCUUAGGAAAGUAUUCAGACCCCUUGACUUUUUCCAAAUUUUGUUACGUUACAGCCUUAUUCUAAAAUGGAUUAAAUAAAAACAUUUCCUCAGAAAUCUACUCACAAUACCCCAUAAUGACAAAGCGAAAACAGGUUCUUAGAAAUGUCUGCAAAUUUAAAAAUAAUUUACAUAAGUAUUCAGACCUUUGCUAUGAGACUCGAAAUUGAGCUCAGGUGCAUCCUGUUUCCAUUGAUCAUCCUUGAGAUGUUUCUACAACUUGAUUGGAGUCCACCUGUGGCAAAUUCAAUUGAUUUGACAUGAUUUGGAAAGGCACACACUGCCUAUAUAAGGUCCCACAGUUGACAGUGCAUGUCAGAGCAAAAACCAAGCCAUGAGGUCGAACGGAAUUGUCUGUAGAGCUCCGAGACUGGAUUGUGUCGAGGCACAGAUCUGGGGAAGGGUACCAAAACAUUUUCUGCAGCAUUGAAGGUCCCCAAGAACACAGUGGCCUCCAUCAUUCUUAAAUGGAAGAAGUUUGGAACCACCAAGACUCUUCCUAGAGCUGGCCGCCCGGCCAAACUGAGAAAUCGGGGGAGAAGGGCCUUGGUCAGGGUGACCAAGAACCCGAUGGUCACUCUGACAGAGCUCUAGAGUUCCUCUGUGGAGAUGGGAGAACCUUCCAGAAGGACAACCAUCUCUGCAGUACUCCACCAAUCAGGCCUUUAUGGUAGAGUGGCCAGACGGAAGCCAGUCCUCAGUAAAAGGACAUGACAGCCUGCUUGGAGUUUGCCGAAAGGCACCGAAAGACUCUCAGACCAUGAGAAACAACAUUCUCUGGUCUGAUGAAACCAAGAUUGAACUUUGUGGCCUGAAUGCCAAGCGUCACGUCUGGAGGAAACCAGGUACCAUCCCUAUGGUGACGCAUGGUGGUGGCAGCAUCAUGUUGUGGGGAUGUUUUUCAGCAGCAGGGAUUGGGAGACUAGUCAGGAUCGAGGCAAAGAUGAACAGAGGAAAGUACAGAGAGAUCCUUGAUGAAAACCUACUCCAGAGCGCUCAGGACCUCAGACUGGACAAAGGUUCACCUUCCAACAGGACAACGACCCUAAGCACACAGCCAAGACAACGCAGGAGUGGCUUCGGGACAAGUCUCUGAAUGUCCUUGAGUGGCCCAGCCAGAACUUGAACCCGAUCGAACAUCUCUGGAGAGACCUGAAAAUAGCUGUGCAGCGACACUCCCCAUCCAACCUGAUAGAGCUUUAGGGGAUCUGCAGAGAAGAAUGGGAGAACCUUCCCAAAUACAGGUGUGCCAAGCUUGUAGCGUCAUACCCAAGAAGACUCAAGGCUGUAAUCGCUGCCAAAGGUGCUUCAACAAAGUACUGAGUAAAGGGUCUGAAUACUUAUGUAAAUGUGAUAUUUCCAGGUUUAUUUUAUAAAUUAGCCAAUAUUUCGAAAAAUCUGUUUUUGCUUUGUCAUUAUGGCUAUUGUGUGUAGAUUGAUGAGGGAAAAAACAAUUUAAUCAUUUUUAGAAUAAGGCUUUAACCUAACUAAAUGUGGAAAAAGUAAAGGUGUCUGAAUAAUUUCCGACGGCACUGUAUAUCUACAAUUAAUUGUGUCAUGCACCAACAAUUUUGAAGGAGCAUUCAUGGCCAAAUAUCAUAUCUUUGUGUUCACUGAGUGUAUAUCUUGUUUAUUUUUAUUCACAAAAUGUAUCAAAGAGAGGAGGCAGGUGCACUAAACCUGGGAAGACCCUAAAACACUAAAUGUAAACCCAGGUAAAACCAGGUUUCCUUGUAUAUUUGGGGCUGUAUUUAGGUAUUUAUUGUCUUUAUUUUUUUAUUGUGUCCUAUGUGUUAGGUCCAGAACAUGACCCAGUCUAUCCAGGUGCUGGACCAGCGGACCCAGAGAGACCUGCAGUACGUGGAGAGAAUGGAGGUCCAGCUGAAAGGUCUGGAGACCAAGUUUAAACAGGUGGAGGAGAACCACAAGCAGAACAUUGCCAGGCAAUAUAAGGUAUGUCAACAUUGCUCUUACAUAGACAACAUUGUACAAAGAGAUGUGUCCGCAUUUAUCAAGUGUCUCAGAGUAGAAGUGCUGAUCUAGGACCCUCCUGUCUAUAUAAUCUUAUUCAUAAAGAUCUAAAAGUCAAAACUGAUCCUAGAUCAGCACUACUACUCUGGGAAGCGUGAUUCAUACAGCCCCUGGUGGAAAUGAAACCCUUACACCUAAAUGCUUGCCCCUGGAAAAAUAAAUAAACGUUAACUAUUUUGAUGACGUUUAUGUUUGUUUGUGUGUGCAUAUGUGUUCCCCGUCUAUCCUCACCAAUGCAAUGUGUAUGCUAUGUUCUGUCAUGAACAUCACUGGGAGUGAUGACCCUUGCACGUUUUGUGUGUGUAUAUUAGAUAGGCUAGUGAGUUAGAUUAUUCAACACUCAACAGUAUCUCAUUUUUUUGCUUGCAGGGCUAACUUUAGGAAAUUAUAACGCUGCAGAGACUGAAGAGGCAGUUCAAUCCCAGUGUUCUAUCCCUGAACUUGACCAAUGACUAUUUGCACCAUGCAUUCUAUUUGAAAUAUAGCACCUUUUUCACCCUCAGACCUUCACUGCUCUUUGCAUUUCUGCAUGUUACUGUAGAUGCAUUCCAUAAAUAGAUUUUGUUCAGUUUUUGUAUUAUUUUCAUUAAAUUCUUAUUUAAUUUCAUAUCUCGUUUAGUUUAGUAUAUGCAUACUUGGUUACUACAGAGAAAACGGAAACAUUGUUGUAUGUGACAUGAAAGCAUGUAACCCUAAGAUGUUGCAUUUUAAAAGGUGAAAAUAAAAUAUUUUCCCAAUUGUUUUUGGUGUACCGAGGACUUGUUUCAUGCUGCUUAUGUUUGUGAGGAUGUCACAUCUGCUCAUGAUACUGUUGAAUGUGUUAGGUCCACUCUGCACUCACCAUAGGGAGACAGCCAGAGUAGGGCAAGACAGGUGUGGCACACCCAUUUGCUCGCAUAACACUGAACCAAGCCUAUUUUAACCUUUCAGGCAAUAAAAGCGAAAAUGGAGGAACUUAGACCAUUGAUACCAGUGUUGGAGGAGUACAAAGCCGAUGCAAAAUUGGUAUUGCAGUUUAAAGAGGAAAUCCAGAAUCUGACGUCUGUGCUAAAUGAACUCCAGGAGGAGAUCGGAGCCUAUGACUACGAGGAGCUACAAAACAGAGUGUCAAAUCUUGAAGAGAGGCUUCGUGCGUGCAUGCAAAAAUUAGGUAGGCUCAGAUAACACUGAAACACCCCCUUUGCUUCCUUGUGCAAGGGGCCAAUCAGAUCUACAGUAGUCAUUCUUCUCACACCAGCAGAUCUCAAUCUAUCCACCGCACCUACAUGUUCUACCCCUACAGUAUAUCAGCUUUAACAUACUCAGUUAUUCUCUCAUGUUAGGAAAUCAAAGAUGCCUUGACUACAUCUAUUCCUUUUCCUACUCUUACGUGUACUUACAUGCCUACUGCAUCAAUGCUUAACAAUAUUGCUGAUGAAAAAAGAGACUUUGUCCUCAUACAGUAUGUCAAGUUAGACGCUAUAUAAACACGUUAGGAUUUAGAGUUGUUAGCGGGUGAUUUUAAUUAUGUUUUGCUAAUUUAAUCCUAUUUAGUCAAAACUACGUCUCUAGUACAUCAUGUUAUGUGUGCCAGAAAUGAGCUGUGAGCUUAUGUCCACUUCUUGGCUAAAAGCUACACACCAUCGUAGCGGCAGUCAUCUAAAAAUAGUGACAGGAUAUAACAACUGACAGAUUACUUCUCUCAGUAAUCUCCUUGUUGCAUGGGUUGUUCACAGGAAGGAAUAUAGAUACAAAGCCUACCUGUCACAAUAUCUAUUUGAUUGAUGUCACAAAUAAGUGAAAGGCUGAAAGUACAGAUGUAGGAUCUAAAUUUGAGCCAGUUUGCUACAGCGGGAAAAUAAUCCUGCAGCAACAGGACAUUUGAAUUAUUAUGUGGAUUAUAAUUAAUGGACAUUUUUGUAUGGGUUGAUACAUUUUUGGUAAGGGAAUAUCAAGUCUGAAACUUCAAAGUGGAAAUUACAAACUUCAGAAGCCUUUUUAAACAUCAAUUACACUACAAGUUUAAAUUUUCCUGAAUUGCAGGAAAGUUAUUCUGCAACAGGGUGAUCAAAUUAAGAUCCUACAUCUGUAGGUGAAAGGCUGAACAAAUCAAUGAAUGUUGCAAAAUGCUUGUUUAAAAAAAACAGGAGGAAAAAUGUAGAAGAAAUAGAUAGAAGAAAUAUACUGGUAAGGAAUGAGACCAAGGGAAGACAACAUGCAUUGAAGUCAGUUUCCUUCGCACCACUGUAUGAUUCCAUUAUAAGCCAGAUAAUCAUGGCACUGUCGGUAGCAUUGACUGUUAGGAUGCUAAGUGUACCAAUGGGAAUACAUAGACCCUGUAUGGAGGGAGAAGAGCUAAUGUGCUGGCAAAUUCCUAGAAAUGAAAGAAUGUCUCACUACAAUAUCAGAGGAUUAUCCAAUUUUGUUUCAAGUGCUCAGCUUUAACUUUCCAAGUACUAUAGCAAUGGGCGAUAGCAAGAGUUACAUAUUACGGAACACUAUCUAAGAAAAAUGGGGGCUGUUACCUUUUUCUGGAUGUGAAGUGAGGGGGAGGUGUGAGUGUGAAUUGACUCAAAGUUGAAUAUUGCACUCACUGUCCCUGUUUUUAAUAUAGCAUUUGUAGAGGAGAGUAAUUGAGUGUGUGAUUUAUAUAAAAACAGAAAAGUCUGUUUCCAUUAUUCAUAGUUAUCAUUUAUCUAUGACAUUGAAAAGAUACUGUUGUACAGAGACCACAAGCCCAAAGUUAGUGAGCCAACGUUGAGUAAUUUGUAAUUCUGAGGAAAAUAAAUAGAUUGCAGUAGGACUAGAUUCUGGCACACACAUUUAUACAGUAUCUACACAGUUCUUGCUAGAGAGCCCUCCAGCUAAAACACUAAUGUCAAAACCUGAAGAAAUCACUGAACUGAUCACUAGAUUGUAAUACUAAAGCUGGAUUUGUCAUCCUAAACAAGUCAUAUUGAAAAUAUAAUUUUCAACAUAAUUAUAUAUCAACUGUAGUUGGUACAUUAAGGUCACUGACCUACGCAGACAGACAGACACACACACACACACACACACACACACACACACACACACACACACACACACACACACACACACACACACACACACACACUGUUUUCCAACCUAUAGACAGCAUUGAUACUCCAGAGAUAAAUGCAGUAUCUUGCAUUGUGUCUUUGGCUCUUGCAGCAUGUGGGAAGCUAACAGGAAUCAGUGAUCCAAUCACAAUUAAGACGUCUGGAUCAAGGUUUGGAUCCUGGAUGACUGACCCCCUGGCACCUGAGGAUGACACGAGGGUAGGCCUGCUUCUGCAAUGUCUAUCAUAUUUAUUAUACAGUAUAAACAUAAAGCAGAGUCAACUAUUUUCUUUUGUGUUAAUAUGCAAUUGUGAGGACACUCAGGAAAGGUAAAAUAUCAGAUGUAAGAUGUUAGCAUAAAUCAUAUUUGAAUUACCCAAUUACUCAAGUAUUGACCAAAAUGGAUGCCAUUAGAACUUAAGUAAUGUGAUUUCAUACCUCACUGUCUGGGAUUAGCUCACCGGCACCAGAACAAUGGGAGGUACAGUGGGGGAAAAAAGUAUUUAGUCAGCCACCAAUUGUGCAAGUUCUCCCACUUAAAAAGAUGAGAGAGGCCUGUAAUUUUCAUCAUAGGUACACGUCAACUAUGACAGACAAAAUGAGAAUGUUUUUUCCAGAAAAUCACAUUGUAGGAUUUUGAAUGAAUUUAUUUGCAAAUUAUGGUGGAAAAUAAGUAUUUGGUCACCUACAAACAAGCAAGAUUUCUGGCUCUCACAGACCUGUAACUUCUUCUUUAAGAGGCUCCUCUGUCCUCCACUCAUUACCUGUAUUAAUGGCACCUGUUUGAACUUGUUAUCAGUAUAAAAGACACCUGUCCACAACCUCAAACAGUCACACUCCAAUCUCCACUAUGGCCAAGACCAAAGAGCUGUCAAAGGACACCAGAAACAAAAUUGUAGACCUGCACCAGGCUGGGAAGACUGAAUCUGCAAUAGGUAAGCAGCUUGGUUUGAAGAAAUCAACUGUGGGAGCAAUUAUUAGGAAAUGGAAGACAUACAAGACGACUGAUAAUCUCCCUCGAUCUGGGGCUCCACGCAAGAUCUCAUCCCGUGGGGUCAAAAUGAUCACAAGAACGGUGAGCAAAAAUCCCAGAACCACACAGGGGGACCUAGUGAAUGACCUGCAGAGAGCUGGGACCAAAGUAACAAAGCCUACCAUCAGUAACACACUACACCGCCAGGGACUCAAAUCCUGCAGUGCCAGACGUGUCCCCCUGCUUAAACCAGUACAUGUCCAGGCCCGUCUGAAGUUUGCUAGAGUGCAUUUGGAUGAUCCAGAAGAGGAUUGGGAGAAUGUCAUAUGGUCCGAUGAAACCAAAAUAGAACUUUUUGGUAAAAACUCAACUCGUCGUGUUUGGAGGACAAAGAAUGCUGAGUUGCAUCCAAAGAACGCCAUACCUACUGUGAAGCAUGGGGGUGGAAACAUCAUGCUUUGGGGCUGUUUUGAUUUGAUUGGAUUUGAUCCAAAGGACGUCCAGCCAACUUGACACAACUGUGGGAAGCAUUGGAGUCUACAUGGGCCAGCCCCGACAAAUUGAAGCUGUUCUGAGGGCAAAAAGGGGUGCAACUCAAUAUUUGGAAGGUGUUUCUAAUGUUUUGUACACUCAGUGUAUCUGUUCUCUUGCUUCAAAUUCAUGAGGACACAAACACUUAAAAGAGAAUGACUUAAGCGGAGACUACCGUUGAAAAUCUGAGAGAUCAGAGAUAAGUUGAGUCAUCUGCACUGCCUCUCAAUGAUUGAUGAGGGUCGAAGCCCUGGCUUUGUAGAGAGAUUCUGUCUGGGAAUCCUUUGAUAUUCUUAAUUUCAUCUCAGAGUUACAGCAGAAAGACCACACGCUCUCCAUGAUUUCAUAUUACAUGAUGGUUUUAGAUUAUUUUUUGCCAAUAACACACUGUACCGACUUUUUAAUGCACUUGUAUUCCCAUCUAGGUGUGGUACAUGGACGGCUACCACAACAACCGAUUUGUGCGGGAGUACAUGUCCAUCUACGACUUCAUGAAUUCCGACAACUUCACGUCUCACCGCCUCCCCCACCCAUGGUCGGGCACGGGUCAGGUGGUCUACAACGGCUCCAUCUACUUCAACAAGUUCCAAAGCCACACAAUCAUCAAGUUUGACUUCAAGACCUCCGUCAUCAGCAAGUCACGCCAGCUGGACUACGCCGGCUACAACAACAUGUACCACUACUCCUGGGGAGGCCACUCGGACAUCGACCUCAUGGUGGAUGAGGGCGGGCUCUGGGCCGUCUAUGCCACCAAUCAAAACGCAGGAAACAUUGUCAUCAGCAAACUGAACCCCAGCACCCUGCAGAUCAUCAAGAGCUGGACCACCAACCACCCCAAGAGGAGCGCAGGAGAGGCCUUCAUGAUCUGUGGUACGCUGUAUGUCACCAAUGGCUACUCCGGUGGGACCAAGGUGUACUAUGCCUUCAGCACCAACUCGUCCACCUACGAGUACAUUGACAUACCGUUCCAGAAUAAGUACUCUCACAUCUCUAUGCUGGACUAUAACCCUAAAGACAGAGCGCUGUACGCAUGGAAUAAUGGUCACCAGGUGCUGUACAAUGUCACCUUGUUCCAC